UGUUGUUUUCUGUUGCAAAUAGAUGUAUUGAAUCCAGAAAUCUUUACUAGAUCAUUGACGAGGAAAUUCUGAGAAAAUCAAUUGGGGUACAUUUAAUGUGUAAUGGACGGUGCCGUGCGUCUGGAACCUUUUCUCCCAUUGACAGCCAUAAACUCUGUCAACUGACAUUUAUUUUGCCACUCCCCCCUCAUCUAUGGCCUUCCUAAGCAAUCAAAACAGAGCAUAGUAGCAUACAGUUGAUGUCAUGGAUAAUUUAUUCCUGCUGGCCAAUAUCCAAACUGAUCAGCUGGUAAUUUUAUAGAUUGAAUUAUUCGCAACAAUUGUUUUGCUUUUAAACCUAAUUCGCCAUUUCCAUUUUUCUUGGUAUAAUCUCUUUUAUCUUUCGCUUCAAUGCUCCGUUUCUUUCCAGUUAUCAGAGAAACUACAGUUUUGAGAUUAAUUCGAGCCAGCAGCUUUCGCCUACAGUCACCUGGGAGUUGGACACCAAUUUCAACAAACGAAAUUUUCCACCACACAAUUGGAAAAGUUGUCUAUCAAAAAAACUGACACUUUAGUAAGGAUUCAAAGCCCCUCUUGGGGUGGAGGCUACCUUUAAAAGUACCCAAAGCGUGAACAAAUUUAUAUUUACCAUUAAUUUCCUAUUAAUUCGAAACGACUUCAUUUGAAAUCAUAGGUUUACUAAAUCAUUACCGUUACUUCACGAUAAACAUUGAUUCCGUUUAAUUAGGCUUCGAAAUGAAUUUUUCAAUCACGAAUGAAUUCAAUUCGUCGUCGUCUGAACAAACUUUCGUCGAAGAAGGAAAUAUAUGUCAACAUGUAAUUCCGGAAGAAGAACAUCCAACAUUCCAGCAUAUUUUAUUUUUCGUCAAACUUGUGAUUAAUUUAUUCGGUUUUUUCAGUAACUUCAUGGUCGUGUAUGUUUACAUGAUAAAACGAGACAAACACCCAAGCGAAUAUUUGAUUUGCUCGCUCGGUUUUAUCGAUGUUAUGAUUUCGUUACUGAGUCUCAUUUUUAUGACAUCAGUAGCUGCUUAUCGACAUAGUUUUCAUCUCGGUGACUGGUUCUGCCGACUUAUAGUUUGCACACUAAACGCCUCCGCAUUCAUUUUCUCAACAUACUCAUCUGGUUUCCUAAUCGCUGUUAUUACAGUUAACAGAUACGUGGCAAUCUGUUACCCCUACGAUUACAGGGCAAUUUUUACUUCAGACAGGGUUCGAAAACUUAUUUUUUGCGGAUAUCUGUUUGGUUUUGUAAACUGUCUCAUGGCUGUCCCGUAUUGCAACUGCCAGUCUGCGAAUAUCACAAAAUACAUCGAUUUCUACUAUCACUGCACCCGAGUUUUGAUCAUUUUGGGCGAUGCCGGGGUCAUGAUUUGGGCUUAUGUCAAGGUCAUGAAAGAGAUAAACCGACAUACUCAGAGUACCAAAACUGAAGUGACUGCUUAUUUCACCUAUGAGCAAAAGCAACCAGCAACUAGAACUUGCUCGAAUGCUUCUGAAGUUGCGUAUGUCAGCGUGAACAAUUCCUGGAAAAAUUCGGAAAUGGACUUGCAAAAUGGGAGUUGCAUACCUUCCCAAGGGGGCUACCAAGUGAGUUUCAACGUGCCCCCACCCACUCGAAGAACUGGGGGGUUGGACUCGUCGCCGAUUAACACCUACGAGACACGAGUCGAAACCGAACUCGAUCAAGUACACAGUGUUAAUUGUGCACGGUGUAAAAACAACCGCGAGUCUAUCAAGUUGGGAGCUGCGCGGCGUUCAAAACUGUCGUCAAUGAGUCUGGACCCGAGGUCAGCCGGAAACAAAAAAGAGUCGACGAGCACCAGCAGCACGCCAUCGCCGAACCUUCAGCCGUUGUCGUUGGCUAAUCCAAAUACGUCGUUGAAAAAUACAAUAAGAUCGAGCAAUAGCAAAGCGAAUCGAAAGCUAACAAAAACACUUUUUCUAGUGAGCCUGCUUUUUUUGGUGUGUCAUAUUCCUGUAGUGUUUCUGGACCUGUAUGUUUUCAUUUCCGGAUAUUUCCCACAAAUCGGAAUUUCACCAAAACUCGGUUGGGUUUUGAGUUCCACGAAUGAAAUCUUGUUCGCUGUUUACUUGGCCUACUUCGACCUGAACCCUAUAAUCUACUUCACGUGUAAUAUGUACUUUAGAACUACUGUCCAAGCACUUUUCACCUACUGGACUCCCCGCUAAUCAAAUUGACAUUUCACGCGGGCCAUUUAUAUAGCAUAAGGGCCAAGUAGCAGAAAGUUUCUAAGUAAUCAAUGAAUAGCCUGUAAAUUGUCCGAAGUUCUCACUGAAUUGCCACGUUUUCUUCCAGAUUUUUGAAUAAAGAUUUCUGAUUGGCUAAUGUACCUUUCUGUUAUUAGGUCCGUAUGCCAAAAGAGAUGCCCCCAUUUUUCAUGAUCAUAUGCAUUAGAUUACAUUAGACCGACUUUUCAACUCAAUCAGAACACCCCGCCCCUUUUUUCAAUAAAUGGAACAGCGCAUAAUUGACUGAAAUUAAAUCGAUUAUAAAGGCAAAAUAGGUUUACAUGGGGAUGUUUAUGGCUUACCAUCACACGAUCUGAAAACUCCUCCGGUUUUUUUUUUCACUCAACAAAAAGGGGCACAGUAUUUUAAAUGGAAAUGGGAUGGGAACGAGGGUUAUUUUGCUCAAGAGACCGAAUUUAAUUUAUGCCUGGUUUUGACAGAUUUGCCGGUUCAAGAAGUGAACAACUUGCUGAUUUCUAUAAAAAGAAGAAUUAAUGUGAUCAAUUUUCUAAUCCUACCUGUCGCUGUUUUGUAUACUUAGCUACCUCCUAAAUUAUUAAAUCUGUUUCUUUUGUAAAUAGACCGUCAAGUUUAGAAUAGACAGCAAAAACACGACAUUAACCUCAAAUUUCAUCAAAAUGUCAGCUAAAUAUUCACAAAAAAAAACAAAUCAUGGUUGGUUUCAACAUCUGUUUUAGUAAAUAAAGCUUUUUAAAAACAAAUAAUAAUGAGAAUAUGGUAUCGCAAUAUGGUUUGCGAGCAUAUCAGCUAAGAUUUGUAGCUUCACGUUUUUUAUAAGGUUUUAAGUAACAAUUUCAAUUUGCUUCUAAUAGAAGUGCAGUGCUGUGUUUAGCUAAUGUAAUGUUCAGGGGCGGAUUUUGGAUUUUUUCGAGGGGGGAGCAUAAA